AUGAAUAACCAAUUUAUACUUAGUUUUGAUGAAUUAAAUAAUAAAUUAAAAUUUUUAUUAGAAGGAAUUAAGAGACUUAAACAUCAACAUGAAAAUCUUCGAGAAGAAAACAGAGAAACAUUAUUUAUAAAUUUAGAAAAACAAUUGAAGGAAAGUAAAAGGCUUAAUCAACAACAUAAAGAAAACAAUCGAGAAACCACAUGCAUUAAUUCUGAAUUAAAAGUAAAGCUUCAAGAAAGAGAUGAGCAAUUAGAAAAGCUUAAACGACAAGUUCUAAAUCUAGAAAAGCAAAAGUUAGAAAAAAGUAGAAGGCUUAAACAGCAACAUAAGAAUUUUCAAGAAGAAAAUCAAGAAACUUCACAAAUCGAAAUGAGUCCUCAAAACUUAGAAAAAACUGUAGUUAAUGAAAAUGACAACGAAAUUAAAGAAAAUAAUAUGCAUUUAAUUAGCGAAAUCUUCAGACGAAAAGAUAGUAAUAAACUUGCCAACAAUAUUAAACAUUCGUGGGGCUAUAAAGAUAAAGGAUGUAUUCGAAUCUUGGUCGGGUUAGACUUUGUUCUUCAAUACGAUGAUAAAUAUAAUAAUGUAAUAUCAUGGGGCUUUCCAGCUUUAGUUAAAAGGUCAUAUCGUCGAAAGUUGAAAAAUAAGUUUAAGCCAAAGCUUCCAAUUGGAUAUAUAAAGGCUAUUAUGGAUUAUCUUAGAGAAAUUGGAAAGGAAACAAUUGAAAUGCGGUAUCCAGGAAUUCAUUUCUUGACCAACGUAUUAUUAGUUCUUACGUAUCCUGAAGAAUAUUCAGAUAACACAAAAGAAAUUAUGAGGGAAUCUAAAGCUGCAGCAAUAUAUUGUAUUUUUAAAGAGCAUAAUCUGAAAAAACUAGGAACAACAUUUAUGAUUAUCGAUUGUGAUGAAACAGUAAAUUUGACUAUUUGUAAACUUAUGAAUGGAAAACAAGUGGAUGUAGUUUCUAAAAAAUCUUAUAAAGAUGAAAGUACUUUUAUUGAUGCUGAAUUUGUCAAAUACUUGCGUAAAAAACUUGGUGAUAGACCUGUUAAUUUGUUAAGGUAUGAACAGAUGCAAUAUUUGAUUCAAAAGUUUUCUCGACAGUGUAAAUUACAUUUUACGGGAUUAGCUAAAGACUUUACUUAUGAAUUGGAUAUCGAUAAAACGAUUCCUAUAGUCAAACGAUAUAUUUCUGGUGAUAAAAGAGUAUAUCUGAAAGAAAUUGAAUGGAUAAUUAAGUUUGAUAUUAAUGAAUUAAGGUCGAUAUUUGACCCUUUUAUCGAAAACAUUAUUCAGUUGAUUCAUAGAGAACUCGAUGGUUAUCGUGAAAAAUGUUUAGCAUUGUUCUUAAUUGGAAGUUUUUGUGAAUCAAAAUAUUUACAAAAUAGAAUUAAAAACAAUUUUCAACAUAGAAUAUAUAUUUCAGUUCCUACUCAUCCUAUGGAUACAAUUACACAAGGAGCUGUAAAGUAUGGAUUAGAUAAUUGGUAA